AUGACUAUAUGUGACUGUAUGGACAACAGUUACGAUCUAGAAAUCGCCGUGUGUAGAUUGACCUGGAAUUACGAGAAUUGGAUGAGAAGUCUUGUUGUCCAUGAUGGUUGUUCUGGCAAUGGAGUUAACAGAGAUUAUAUUCUUCGUGAUGAAAGACGCCUUACAGAGCUUGGGCGCAGGACUCUGGAAAUCUUUAUUUUAGCCCAUAUAUUCAGUGGAAUUGAAAUAGCCUACCAGGAAGCUGUUGCGCUAAAGAGACAGGAGGAACUUAUUCGUGAGGAGGAGGAAGCAGAGCUUGCUGAAAAUGAGAAGAGGGAAAAGAGAGCAAAGAAAAAGCAGGCUAGACAGAGGCGAAACAAUAGUAAAGGUAAAGGUAGAGGCAAAGUUGAGAAGGCUGUAGGAAAUGAGAAGGAAAAGCAUAAACCACAUGAUAGUCUCUUUGGUGAAAGAAUUUUGGAGGACUUCUCUUCAGAGCAUGGACAUCGGGAUAAAGAAAAGAGUGAGCUGAGGGAAGAAGUUUCUGAUGUUUCUGAUCCUGGAGAUGAAGGUGUCGAAGGAACUCAGCCUGAUGUAGAAGACAGAGAUACCAGCCCUCUGAACUGGGACACAAAUACGUCAGGAAUAAAUCCUGCAGCUGAAGCUUGUAGGAACGAGAUUUCAAAUGGCCAUGUGGAGAAGAAGAGCUUAUCCUUCAUGGACGACAGUUCUUCCACAUGUUCAACUGAUUCAGUCCCGUCGGUUGUGGUGAAUGGACCAUACAAGGGGUACUCAUCACCCAAUAACAGAAAUAAGAGAACUUCAUCCAACAGAGGAAAAAACCAGCAGAAUAGGGACUUACAAAAUAAUCUCAACUCGAGAUCUGAUUGCUUACUGUAUGUGAGUGGCAGUUGCAGUUCUACUGGACCUGGAUCAGAGGAUAAUCUACACCCCUUGAAGGAUCAGACACAAAAACCUGAACAACCCUCUAUUGAUAAGGAAGAGAUAGUCGAAGAUCAAAUUGAUGAUGAAAUUCCCUCUGAUUCCACGUCAAGGACAACAGAAUCGGUGUCUUCCUGCACUAACCCCAGUCAAAAGCCAUCACCAGUUAAGCUAUCCACAGAGCAUAGUAGUAGUACCACCAAAAAUGUACAAGUUUCUCUGCCUGAGCCGACUUCAAAUACCCAAAUUCAAUCUGAAAAAUCAGUCCAAUCACUAGAAAACCUGUCAAUUCCAAGGGCUGAAGCUUUGAAACACACUUCUCAAGCGAUGAGCAGCACCACUCGCGCCUCUUCAAUGUCGAGGCCUUCAAGUACUCCUGUUGUCCAAGGCCCAAAGACAACUGUUCCCCUUGUGACUACAUCACAGGCAAUGCCCUCAUUAUCCCGGGCACUCAGCUCUCUUGGUCAUUUAGACUCGGAACUAUCUUUUUUGCCCCAAAGCUUUGAACCACAGUCAUAUCGGAAUGUCAUUAUGGGCAUUAAAACCAUAACAAAUCCAAGCACAUCUGGGCUCACUCCUCGACCGUCUUUAAGCUCCUCGAUUCAAACUACUGCCUUCUCCCAGCCCUCUUCGUCUUCAUCCUCGUCAUCUUUUCAAACUUCAGUCAAUCCUGGUAUUGCCUUGCAUAACCAACAUCGAUGGAAUGAUCAUAUGAUGCCAGACGAAUUCCCUCACCUUGACAUCAUUAACGACUUGCUUGAUGAGGACCAUCGAACAGUUGGAAGGACAACACUUAACAAUUACCAUCAACACGAUGAUUUCCAUUCAGUGAACCAACAAUAUUGCUUCACUACCGACAUUGAUUCUAUGAAUGCUUCGUUCCAAUUUGGUCUAUCCGAUUGCUACUAUGAUGAGCUAUCGCAAAUGAUCUAUGAUUGUGGGUUCAAUGGCUUUGGCAUGGAUUCAUUGCUCCAAAGCCAGUGGCCAAUCAACAGCGGUGACCUCUCAGUACUCAACAUUAAUGGGUAUGCCUACCCGCUAUCCGAGUACUCAGCACGGGGUUUGGAUGGGUAUAAUAUGAUGUAUCAGCGUGCAAAUGGGCUUUGAUUGUGGCUGUAAUGUUUAUAUCCAUUGUUUAAUGGCACCAAAAGUAUUGUAUCUCAAGGUGGUUAUGUUGUCGUUGGGCGUCAGGGGGUGUGGAGUUGGAAGUUUGUAAUUCCUUAAUCUGCCACAUGCUCAAUAUCCAGUUUUAUUGUAUCUGUCUCAUUUUUCAUGUUAUUUGGAGCAAGUUUUAUGUUGUAUUGCUAAUACGCAUUUUUCUGGGACUUCAGUUGAUACAAAGCCUCAAUAGAAGCAUGGUGUGUUUUCGUUGACUUUAA